CAGUGGUUAGGAUUUGGUGCUCUCAUUGCUGUGGCCUGGGUUCAGUCCCUGGUGGGGGAACUAAGAUCUCAGAAGCCACGGGGUGUGGCCAAAAAAUAAAAAUCAACUUUAUUGAGGUAUAAUUUACAGACAUUAAAAUAGAUACAUUUUAAGUGUGCAAUUUGAUGAGUUUUGACAAAUGUAUGGAUAAUUUGAUUUAGGGUGAAGGGCAUUAAGGUCAUCUGGGAUUAUGCCCGUCCAGGGAUUUAGCAGAGGUAUCCUAGCUAGGAAAGAGAACACCAGGGCUCUUGGGAGACAUACCCAAACAGGGACAAGUGGAGACACCAAGGGCCGACGUGAGAUUGGUCCUGGGGUUUCACUGCACCAGGAUCUGGACUUCCAGAAUGUCUGGAAACUUCAUGGCACCUCUUGGUCCUCCUGAGGGAGUGAGCCUGCUCCCUUUCACACCAGUGUCCACCAAUCUCACGUGUAUAGGCCAGGAAGGGAGACCUGGGACUGAGUUCUCCCUCUCCUCUGGCCUGCAACUUUCCUGCCACCAACCACGGCCCCCAUCUCUGCCCAUCGAUGAGGGGCACUCCGGCUUGCGACAGCCAAGCUUCACUGCUGCCAAAAAUGGGGCCUGAUUUUCUCUCUCUCCAUUCAUAGAAACCGGCUUCGGGUUCGCCGCAGUACGUCGGGGAGGGAAAAGCAAAAGCACUAGGCCAGGUGUUGGCGUCGGGAAACCCCCUUCGGAUCCGCCAGCCUCCGGUCCCUUGGGGCUCUUGGCGUGAUGGGCUGGGCCCGCCCAGCAACCAGUCGCUGUUGCUGUCUCCGUCUCCCGCCCCUCUGCGUCUAAAACUCUCGGAGGGUUGCAGGUUCAGCUUCACUUAGAGAGCGAAACUCUUUAAGUGUUCAGGUUAGGUGGAAAAACUGAGGCAGGACUGGGGACUCUGGUGAGAGGUCUAAAGCUGGCUGCAGACUUUCUCCCCGGAACUGGGAGAGUACCUUCCGAAAGCCCAAAAAGCGCAUGCCAAUCCAAGAAGAAACCGCUGGGGUCGGUGCUAACGUCUAGGGGAGAGCGAAGCGCCGCCCAAGCGAGCGGGAAAUCCCAGAGGUGGGGCUGGCUGUGGGUGGGGCCUGGGGUGGGGUCCCGGCGGGGGGCGGGGCCUACCUGGGCUACCGGGUGUGCCAGCCUAGCCCUGCACAGCGGAGGUGGUAGUGGCCCUGGUCUGUGGCUCCUGUCCUAUUUGCUCUGAACCUCGCAGCCAUGGAGGGACCCCAGGAGCUUCUGAGUGGGAAGCUCCGGCUCUGGUUCACCCCCGCUGCCCGGACCAGCCUCCUGCUGCUCCGGCUCAACAACGCGGCGCUGCGGGCGCUGCACGAGUGUCAGCGGCAACAGGUUCGGCCAGUGAUUGCUUUCCAAGGCAACCGAGGGUAUUUGAGGCUCCCAGGUCCUGGCUGGUCCUGCCUCUUUUCCUUCAUAGUGUCUCAAUGUGGCCAGGAGGGCCCUGGUGGUGGCUUGGAACUUGUGUGCCAACGUUUAGGCAGAUCUGGGCCUAACCGGCUCCACUGCCUGGGUCCACUCAGGGAGCGCCUCACUAUUUGGGCAGCCUUGGAUUCUAUCCCAGCCCCAUCUUCAGUUCAGAGACACAACCUGACUGAAGAUGCCAGAGAUCACGAGAGCUGGCAGAACAUGGGAGACUAUUCUGCAGGAGACACAAUUUCACAGCCACAGAUGGCACUAGAAGAGGUGCCAGAUCCACUGGCAAGCAGCCAAGGACAGUCACUCCCAGGAUCCUUGAGGGAACACAUGGCACAGUGGGAAGUGAGGAACCAGACCCAUCUUCCAAACAGAGAGCCUGAUCAGGUACUGCCUUCUUCUGCUAGCCAGAAACACAUGGACAAGAAACGUCCAGCACCUGCAGCUACUGUAAAACGAAAAGAAAAGAGGCUCAGAUCUCUGUCUCUAGCUCCAAGUCCCCUACAAGGGCUGCCUAGUCAGGAGCUACAGGAGGGAGAAGAUUGGGAGCAAGAAGAUAAAGAUGAAGACAUUAGCUCCAGGCUGGUGCACAGUCCCUCAGUUCAAGCUGACUCUGAAUCCCCAAGCCCUGAAGAUGUACCAGAUUACCUCCUGCAAUACAGGGCCAUCCACAGCGCAGAACAGCACCAUGCUUACAAGCAGGACUUUGAGACAGAUUAUGCUGAAUACCGCACCCUGCAUGCCCGUGUUGGGGCUGCAAGCCAAAGGUUCAGAGAGCUGGGAGCAGAGAUGAAGAGCGCUCAACGAGGAACUCCAGAACACAAGAUUCUGGAAGAAAAGAUAGUCCAGGAAUAUAAAAAGUUCAGGAAGCGGUACCCAGGUUACAGGGAAGAAAAGCGCCGCUGUGAGUACCUGCAUCAGAAAUUGUCCCACAUUAAAGGUCUCAUCCUGGAGUUUGAGGAAAAGAACAGGGGCAGCUAAAGAUGACAGAGGGCUCUAACUCUGCCCAGUGUGCUAUGAAGGAACAAAGCAGCUAUUAACUAGAGUACAAUUGUCUGCUCUUAUUGCUGAGUCCAUGGUGGGAAGUAGGAGAGCUGCUCUAGGUUCUUAAGGUUUGGUUUUCAUAUUGCCAUAUUUAAAUUUUUAGGGCAUGGGCACAGUGCCAAGACUCCUCAGCUGUGCCCAGGCGACUAGGAAAAGUAGCAGAGACUUGGCUUCUCCACCUUUAGUUCAGGAAAGUUAUUUUUAAAUCCUGAGAAAUGAUACCAUUUCCAGGACAAGAUACCUUGAGAACAUCAGAAUUUACUUGGUAGCCUCCCUGAAGAAACAAUGAAAACUUUUCGUAACAGAACUAAAGGAACUUGUAAUACAAUUGGACAUAAUGGGAAAAGGCUUGGGUAUUACCCAUGUACUGAAAGUGAAUUCUUUUACAAACAUGGCUAAAAAAUUAAAACAUUGCUUCUGUGUCAAGUUUGUUUUCCUUGAAUCCUCUUACCCUUGGCUGUGUAUAUGAACCAGUUCUGGGGCUCCCUAAAAAAUCAGAUCCCCAGAUCCCAGCCCAGGUCUUAUGAAUUAGAAUCUCCAAGAUUAUGGUUAGGCAUCUUUACUUUUUCAAAGUACUAUGGAUGAUCUUGAUAUAUAUUUUGCUAGGAGGCUCUGUCAAAUCUUGUAAUUCAGUGGUCCCCAACCUUUUCAGCACCAGGGACCGGUUUCAUGGAAGAAAAUUUUUCCACAGACUGGGGCGGGGGGGGUGGCGGUGGCGGUGGCAGUGGUUAAGGCGGUAGUGCGAGCGAUGGAGAGCGGCAGAUGAAGCUCCGCUCACUGGCCCGCCGCUCACCUCCUGCUGUGCGGCCCGGUUCCUAGCAGGCCACGGACUGGCCCAGGGGUUGGGGACCCCUGUUGAAACUGGUAACUAGAGGAUACAGUAGGAAUAAAACUCUCCUUUUCCAAACAUGGAGGCUAAGGAUCACCUGCAACUGGGGCUCCUAUCUGGAAUUAUCCAGUAACUGAAAACUAUAACUGGAUAGGAUUUGGAUUUGCCCACAAAAAGGAAGAGGGACGUAGUUCAAUUCAUUUGAACCGAAGAUCACACCAGUCGUAUCCUUUUCGUUCCUCACUGUUGCAUAAGAAAGUGGAUGUUUCGCUCACAACGAGGAAUGAUACUGCCUUUCCCAGUUCCGCUGGAGAAGGAAGUUAAUGACCACACCCUGGGCUUUGGGGGAGAGAGCUGUACCCGGCAGUGUCAGCAAUUCUUGAAACAACUUGGAUGGAACCCCAACCUGAUGCCACACCCACACAGGGCAUUUCUAGGCAGAGAAUAGCCCUUGGGAGAUAUAAACAUGCUCAGCUGCAUGGCAAGGAUAAACAGCAAUCCAUCCUUAGGGCAUGGGCAGGCCAGAAACAGCCCAACAAGAAAGGUCCCUCACCUAUUCUAAUCAUCAGGCUAGGGUCCUGUGCAAUAAACACGUGAGGAUAGAAAGAGAUGAAAUCUAGAAAGGAAUUACAGGUGAUAACCGGGUCCACACCCAGUACAGUACAGCUGUAUUGACCAUUAUGGCAGUCACUAGCCCUACAUGUGACUAUUUAAUGAAAAUUUAAAAUAUGGUUUCUAGCUACAUUUCUAAUGCUCAAUAGCUACAGGUAUUGG